GGUUUCAAAUGAAGUGCUGGAAUAAGUGAAUUAACAAUGAAUGACGAAGCUGAGCUGUCAGUAUCCAGGACGCCCGAUGAGGUGAUGCCGCGCUUGAAUAGCGCAUGUGAAGACCCGGUGAAAUUAUUAAGGAACCUUGAGAAAGAAAUGACGAUGCAGUUGGAGGUAGCUAAGAUGCGAGCCUCUGAAAUCGACAAGAAGAAUGCACAAGGUCGUUCGAAGCCGGGCGCGUCGAUUGAAGCAUCGGAUUGCAUUCCAAAGAGAAUAACGGAGCUAAGAACGGCGCGUGGUAAGUUGGAGUGA